AUGGCAUUUGCAUAUCCAACCCAAUUUUACACUAACAAUUAUAGUGAAGCAUAUGCAGCUCUAGUUGGAAUUUCUUGGUGUGUUAAUCAUCCUUUCGAAUCCCUUGAGGUAGAAUUGGACUCCAAGAUAGUGGUACAAAUGAUAGAUGGUUCCUUAAAACCUCCUUGGAGGUUAUUGGACAUUAUAGAAAACACUAAGGCAAAGAUGGCUCACAGAAACAUAUCGAUAAAGCAUUGCUUUAGAGAAGGGAAUGAGGUAGCGGAUGCACUAGCAAAAUAUGCAGCCCAAAUUCAAGUCCCUAGAAUUUUUUUGAAUGAAGUCCCUCAAGCCAAUGAAGCAACAGAUAAAGAUUGGUUCAAAGGUCCAAUGCUUCUCAUUGGAGCCAUUUUUGCCUGGGCUUCUUUCUUUAUAUUUCAGGCAAAUACAAUGAGGAAGUACACUGCUCCUCUGUCUCUAACUACACUUGUUUGCUUCAUGGGAACUCUACAACCUAUUGUUGUCACCUUAGUGAUGGAGCACAAAUCCUCUGCUUGGGCUAUUGGUUUUGACAUGAAUCUUUUUGCUGCUGCCUAUGCUGGUAUUGUAUCAUCAAGCCUUGCAUACUAUGUUCAAGGUCUUGUAAUAGAGAAAAGAGGGCCUGUCUUUGUGACUGCUUUUAGUCCCUUGAUGAUGACCAUUGUUGCCAUCAUGGGACAAGUUUCUAUUAUGCAAGAAUGGAGAAGGAAAUCUACUGGCUGGUCACGGCAGCAUGUGUUUGCUUUUGCAUCCCCAGUCCUGUGCAGGGAUCAUAAUAUUGCGGAAGCCAUGGCUGCACUGCUUGCUAUCAAACUGUGCACGCGGAGGGGCUAUCAGCAUUGUGUUAUAGAGAUGGACUCUAAAAUUGUUGUUGCUAUGCUGAAGAAUUAAGAUUCACACAGCAUGCACAUCAAGAAGAUUGUAGAGUAAUUUCUUUUUAGCUGAAUGUAAGUUGCUAAAAGCUUAGUGAGGAUAGGCUACAGAUGUAAGCUUCCUCCUUUUUUGCCUGGCUAUGUGUGGCCUGUGAUGUAUUCAUGGGGUCUUGGUAUCGUCCCCCCAUGUGCUUUUGUGUUUUACAUGAAUAAAUACAAAAGCUUUGAAAAAAAAAAAAAGUAGUUUCACAGUUGCCCUUACAACAAAAAUAAUCCAACAUUAUCCCACAACAUACUUCAGAAUAGAAAUCAUACAAAUCUCUGGAAUUCUUUGACACCACUUUAUUGAAACAAGAAUUCUUCAAGGGUUUUCUUUAAUUAGAAGUAAUGAACUAUAUAGAAGGCCUCAAAAAAUCUUGACAACCAUGCAUCAACAUUGCAGCCAUUUCUUAUUACUCACAUUACUCUUUAGUUUUCCUAUGUAUCUUAGAGAGGUAAGAUUUAUG